UGCCAUUCCAUGAUUUCAGGUAGUCUUCACCAACAUCUACACUUGGAGCUACGCUCAAUCGUUUCUCAUGUUCUCCUCAGUGUAAUUACACAACAAAUUGAUUGUGCUACGUGACAUCUCGAUAGUUACCCAAACCAACCACACUUAUUUGCAGCAUUCCAUCCCCAAAAUGGGGAACUCAUGUGAGGGAACUCCACGACGCCUUCUCCGGGGGCAACUACUUGGACUGGUUCGUGGUGGUCGAUGUACUCCACCAGACUCUCGUCGACGCAAAACACCUCACAAAACUGAUCAGACACCUACGCAUCCGCAUGCGCCUCGAGAAUCAACCCACGUACCGCCUCCCACAACUUCGGCCGUUCAUCCGCUCGGCCUACGCCGCCGACAAAGCCAACUUCAUGCUCUACCUCUUCCGGUACAUGUUGAAACUCAAAGGCGACCUCCAGAAGUGCUGCCGCAAGCGCCGCCUGGUCCUGCCCGCCAACGCCGCCGCGGGUCAGCUCGGGAUCUUCACCAAGCCGCCCGCGAACGUGAUCAGCAAACAUUUUGUGGAGAUCAACGUGCGGCGCGCCGGGAAGCCGGAAACCCGCCACCAGUCCAAUUGGCGGUACUAUUAUACGGACGAUGGGGACGGGAGGAGAGUGGUCUGCCGGCUGCCGCAGGGCAUGUACGGUGCGCUCUUGGAUGAAAUCCGAGACAAGAGGGUCCACUACCGUCGGGACAGGGAUGUGCUUCAGCCGCUGUGGCCGGAGGCGGAGAGUAUGAACGUGGCGGUUCGGGGGUUAAGAAGGAAGAUUGGCGCGGUGGUGGAGGGGGAGGAGGCGUGGUUGCGCGCCUUAUUUGCGUUGAUGCAUUCGGAUACGGGCCCGGGGGAAAACCUGGUGGUAUUGAUGGUGUUAUCUACCCUGGACACGGGAGACCCGGCUCUGAACUGCAGUGCAUGCAUGGGAUUUCUCUUGGAGAUGAAGCAUCUCGUGACCAGGAGUCUUCGCCUGUAA